CGCUUUUCCGAUUCGGUUCCAUGCGUAAGUUUCAUCAUUAACAAGUUGCAGAUAUCGCUACAUAAUGUCUCGUAUUUUUAGUAAUAUUGGGAAAUUAGGUUUGGCUCUCGCUGUUACAGGAGGCGUAGUACAAUCUGCACUUUAUAAUGGUAUGAAUUUUAUUAUGUGUUCAACUUUAAAGCAAAAUGCAUCAUGAGUUAAUAAGUUUUCAGUCAGUUUGUUGUCAAAAUGUUUUUUUAGAGGCAAGGUCACACAAAUAUUACAAAAAGUAGAGCCUCCUAUUCCUAUUUUAUUUGUUGUUUAUAGUAGUGGGUCCUUCCUACAUAUAUUGUUAUUAUAGUCUACUUUAAGUUAAACCUUGAAUAUUGCUUGGCUAUGCUGUACUGUAUGUCGUAUUAGGCAGCCGAGGCCAGGCUCUGUAGCUGUAGCCACUGUAGGCCUAGUUAAACUACUAAACCUUAAAACUUAAGACUUUAACUACCUAGUGACUCGUGUGAAUUCAGUUAUAUGCUCUAAUCAAAAUAAUCCAAAACUGUUUGUAGGCCUAGUAAUUGUAGCCUGGCUACGUAAUAAAAAAAAAUAUAGCUAGUAUAGUAGGCUUGGCCAGUAGUAGUAGUAGUAGCUCUACUGCCACUGGUUACUCAAUAUGUCAAUGACAAUGGAUAUGCCCUAAAUGAAAUGGGCCUAGGCCUAGGUCUAGGUAGUUAGCAGAAUGGGUAUUGCCAAGAGUUGUCUCUCCCUAAGCGCAGUAACUUCACUUUCAUGAUAUCUUUCCCUGUUUCUGGGUGUCUUACUUUUAAGUUCUAUUUUAAAAAAAAACAACUUAACUUUUAACUAACCGUAACAGUUCAAGGUUUUAAAUUUGUUUAACGUUAUUGUCUUACUUUAAGAGGACCUAAAACACACACACACCCACACACACACCCCCCCCCCCCCCCCCAAUUAGAUUAAGUUAAAACAUUAAGUUAGUACAUUAAAAAUUUUAAUGUUUUAGUUGACGGAGGACAGAGGGCUGUAAUCUUUGAUCGACUUCGAGGAGUUCAGGAGGAAGUAGUUGGUGAGGGAACUCACUUUCUUAUUCCCUGGGUACAGAGGCCAAUCAUUUUUGACAUUCGUUCCAAGCCCAGGAAUGUUCCAUCAGUUACAGGCAGCAAAGGUAUUUAAAUUAUUUAGCCUAAUUUAAUGUAAAAUCAUAUAAUGGUUUAUGCUCAAUAUACUUACUGUUUUUUUUUUAAUUUGUAGAUUGAAUUUAAAUGAUUAUUUUUGCAGCCCUUUUAACUGGUUUUUUUUUUUUAAUUUAAUAAAAAUGUACGCAUGGAUUCAUAGCUUUUUUUCUUCUAUAUUACAUUAUUAAAUAAAUAAAAUGUACCGUACAUAAAAUAUUAAUUUGACUUAGUAAUGAAUUUUUUAACAUUUGUCUUCAUUUAAAAACAGAUUUACAAAAUGUCAACAUCACUCUCAGGAUUCUGUUCAGACCCCAAGUUCCAGCUCUCCCUAAAAUAUACACCAAUCUCGGCAUAGAUUAUGAUGAGAGAGUUUUACCUUCCAUCACAACUGAAGUUCUUAAAGCUGUUGUGGUAUGCUUACAGAUUGCUGUAAACUGAUUGUUAAUAAAUUUUGAUUGCAGCGCUUAAAUUUUGAAUAAACUAAUUAGAAUUUGGGAUAGAGAUAGUCAAUAUAGUUUUGUUGUGUAAUGUAGGCAUGUGAAGGGUAGGAUAUAUCAGACCUGUUUACUCUUACGAUUUUGGCGUACAAUGUAUGAUUUUGAGGUGAAUAAAUUAUAUAUACUGUAUGUUUAAUUUUUACAGGGGGUAUUGAAGGAUUUUGUGAUGAUAUUGUACGGUUUUAAGAGUUUGAGGGUAAACAGGUCUGAUAUAUUGUUUAUGGGAGUACUUUUUAUUGCUGAUAAUUAAAAUAUAUGUCACACUGUAAACUUUAAAUGAAUUUUUCUUAAUGAAUGGAAUUAUUUUGAAUCUAUUUUUUUAAAUUUCUGAUUUUAUAUGCUAAUGCAUUACAUUUUAAAAAAUGUAUCUUUUUGCUAACCACUUACACGUCUUUUAAUUUCUCCAGGCCCAGUUUGAUGCCAGUGAUCUGAUUACACAGAGAGAGUUGGUGUCCACCAGAGUUAGUGAAGAGUUGACAGAAAGAGCUUUACAGUUUGGUAUCAUUUUAGAUGAUAUAUCUUUGGUGAGUUGAUUUCUAAUAAGUGGGAUGUUUAUUUUUUUUUAUUCUUCUUUCCAUCCGGUUAUCAUUUUUAGGAAAACUGAUUUAUCGCUUUUUACAAAGAAUUCCCACCUGUUAUAUUUUGUUAGAUGGUAAGAGUGAGAGAAAUCUAUUUUUAGCGCACUCUGACGAGUCUGUUCCCUGUUCUGGUUUCGAUACCACAGUUUAGUACCAGCACAGCAUGUGGUCGUUAAAUUCUUUAUUACCUUUGACCUGACUGCGACAUUGCGGUCUGCACUUGUGCACACUUGUCAAUUGAUAUUGAUAACAGACUACAUGUAUACAAAGAAAAAGGGCGAAAUUAGAUUUCGUUUUAAAUGGCAGCCAUCUAAUGUAUCAAUCUUUUUUUGCUCUGAAGUAAUACUCCAACCCACUCUUGUUUUUCAAAGUAGCUCACUCAAAUAUUUAUCAAUAUACAAUGUGGAUGAAAUCAUGCCAUUUUUUUGACACAAGUACUUAGGAUUUUCUUAUCUGUUGUCAAUGUAGACUUUCUUGAUAGUCGUUUAAAAAGAAAAUAAUCUGUUUAUUAUCUUCUUAAUGUAUUUCAGACUCACCUCACAUUUGGAAGGGAAUUCACAGAAGCAGUUGAAGCCAAGCAGGUUGCACAACAAGAAGCAGAGAGAGCUCGUUACAUUGUAGAAAAGGUCAUCUUAAGUUCCAUUAUAUCUUGUCCUAUGUAUUAUUACAAAAAAAUGUACUUAAAGAAUAGUAAUUUGGAAAUAUCUUAACUUAACAAUUUGUACUGACAUCCUGGAUAUAAAUAAACUAAUGCAGUCCAUAAUAUGAUUUACAUGCGUAUAUCUCAUAGAAUCUAAUUUCUUAUGAAUGUGUUGUUGCAAUUACUUGUUGAGAAAAGGUUUUUGUCAGAAACAAUAGACUAAGAGAAGUAGUGAUUUGAAAUGGUUUUCUUUUUUACUUUAUGUCUUAAAGUUUGAGCUCCAAUUUAAAUAAUGUAGCCAAUAACUUUUGAAUAACGUAUUAAAAAAUUAGAUUUUAAUAUAUUUUUCCUUUCCAAGAAUUUACCCUAUUUAAAAUCCCUUUUCCACUAUAUAGUCACUUUGAUUUAUAUGAGUAUGGUCAUAACUUUGAAUUGCUGGAGUACCUAUGUACUAGACCUACUGAGCUUAGUAAUUCAGCACAGUUGACCAUGUUUUACAUGUCCUGGCUACAGUUUGUGACAUCUUUGAUUUUCUGAUAUUUUAGGGAGAAAAAAAAUUUUAAAUGUAUUCUAAAAGUGUUUACCUGCGAUGGAGAAAUUUUCUGGAAAGUUUUUUGUUUACUAAGAUGUGUCCAGGAUCCCGGGAGAGAAAUCCUACUAGUGUCUGAUGUCUGUUAAACGAACUGGAUGACAAUUUUUAUUGAAAUGUAAACCCUUAUGCACAAUACUAUCUCUUUGUUGUAUUUUUUUUUUUUUUGACAGGCAGAGCAACAGAAGAAAGCUGCGAUCAUUUCGGCCGAGGGUGACUCUAAAGCCGCUGAAUUAUUGGCCCACGCUUUCGGUAAAGCCGGAGAAGGUCUGGUUGAGCUGAGAAAGAUUGAAGCGGCCGAGGACAUUGCCUUCCAGCUCUCUAAAUCUAGAAAUGUUGUGUAUCUACCCCAGGGCCAGCAGACUCUGCUGUCCUUGCCGCCCCAGUAAUUUUGACAUUAACCCAAUGUUUUUAAGGAUUAUUAUUUUGUGAUUUGAAUUUUUUUAUAACAGAAAUAAAUGUGUAUGCUUAACAAUGUAUGGUUCACUUUUAAAUUUGGGAAUCAGUGCCACCAGAGCCUUUUAUAGCAUCUCCGACAGAUUGAGGGUAAAUGUCAUUCAUGAUACAACACUCCUUUUCUGACUGACCGGAUCGUUCUUUAUUAUCAACUUUUGAUUGUUGGCCAGGCAGUGGAUAAAUAGCUCCGUUGGUUUAUUUAAAACUGCAAAAAUAAAUUAUGAUUGAUCUAGGAAACAUUUUCAGUGUAUUAAACAUUGUGAUAUUUUUUCCUCAUUUUGCUGUGAGAAAGUUGUUUCAGAAUAAAGUAUAAAGGUUCAGUAAUGCUGUCUACUUACU